AUGUUUACCUUCGCUGUGGAGACAUUCAUCUCGAAACUCGCUCGUUCACUGGAACAAAAGAGGAAUGCGAACCUUGCAGAUGACAGUGCUUCGGUCUUCGUUACCUCCUCUGUCCGCUAUUUCAUAGAGGGACAUUCUUACAAGUAUGCAGGGAAAUCAUCCUUUACCCCAGAGGUAGCAUGCCAACCAGAAGACAACAAACAAUGGGUUGUGUUCAUUGACACGAACCGUUCUUUCUCGGUAUACACAGAAAUCACCCUGCUCGCAGCACAGAGGCUUAUAAUCCCAGUAAAUGCGGACGACUUCUCUCGGGAAGCUCUCGAAUCUCUCCUCCAUUCAGUAUACGGGAUCGCUAAAGCUGAUCAUAGAUUACCGGAUGAUUUUCAACUUUAUGACCAGAAACUGACUUUCGGUUCCAAAGCUAGAAAGAACGGCCUCCGACGACCUAUGAUAUAUCUACUCAUUCACAACCGAGCUACAAGAUAUAACUUACGCUCAGCCGAAGCAUUUCGUCAGCUAGCCACAAGGAGUUUCGCAGCUCUUAAGCGUGCCUUCAACAACAACAGACAGGUUUUUCAGCAGAAUCUAAGGCUUAUAAAUGCGGAACAGUAUUUUGGAGACAUUGGCGAUUUCCACACAGCUGGAAUAGUGGCUCUUCACUAUGGAUGCCCACUUGCAAAACUUAAAGAUAUUUACUCAUCACUUACACAAGUACCAUUUGUACAUGGAACAGUUGCACUGAAUAGCCAGCAGAUAGAUAUCCAC